AUGCACCACUCAGGGAUCUACCCGAAGGUGAGGGAGGUGAUAGAUGUGGAUACCCGCUACUACCUGCUAGCCCUGGAUAGGAAGUGUAUGACUUUCCUGAAGCCAAGGACCAGUGGGAACAGUUCCUCCUACCUCCAGUCUGCAGUAGAGGAAGCACACAGCGAGGAGUGGGCACGUCAGACCAUCCGCUACCUGACUUGGUUUGAGACGGUCCACUCCAACGACAUCCUCAGCCACCUGGAAGAGAUGAAGGGGGUGAUCACCUCUACCUAUGGUAGAAUUCUGAAGAUGGACUCUACAAAGAAGAUCACCAAGAAGCUGGCUGGCAGUAUAGGGGACACCGCUGCAUGGAUGUCCAACAUCGGCAACGAGCUUGGCCAGGUUCUGAACAGUGUUCUGACGACAGGUGAAGGUGCAGGGCUGGAAGAGUUGUGCCAGGGCAUCGUCACACGUUAUGAGAAUGCUGGACAAGCUGAGCCUGAGGCUAUCUAUGUUGACCGGGACUGCUGCAGCCAGUCAGGUGUGUCGUCAGUGCUGAGACUCUUUCGACCAUGGAAGUUUGUCGUCCGUUUAGACGUCUUCCACUUCAUGCGAAGGUUUAACUGCGGCCUCACUACUGAGCACCACCCUCUCUACGGUACCUUUUGCUCCAAACUUUCCGCCUGUAUCUUUGAGUGGGAUCAGGAGGAUGUGCAACGGCUUAAGGAGGCCAAGAAAGGGGAGUGGAAGAGCAGCCAUGGCGGAAAUGCUCCCACUGAGGCACUGCUCUUGGCCAGUAUCAGCACUGGUGAAAUGGCAAAGCACUGCAGGCGGAGGACCCGUGCAGUGGAGGAAAUCCGGGUCAUGAUUUCGGGGCUGCUCGAAUCGAUGUGGGAGCUGACUGACACCACGGGGCUGCGUCUAGUGAACCCUGACAGCAUGCACCAUGUGUGGGAGGUGCAGCAGAAGCACCUGGAGUGCAUCCAGGACCCUGCAGGGGUGGAGUUGUACACAAAGACAGGGACACUGCAGAAGGGUGGCAAAGUCCUUGACGUCCUCAGGUGUGGGAGGGGGUCCUCCUCCCUCGAGAGUUUUCACCGCCACCAGUGUGCUUUUGUUCCAGGCUUUCGAUGCAAUGCAUUGCACACACAAAUGUACAUGCUGGAGGGGGUAUCGAGGUGGAACAUGAACCGGGCAAAGGAAGCUGUAGCUGUGGUGGGGGCAUCAACCCUGAGGACAUUUGAUGUUCGCUUGAUGUCUCACCUAAACAGCAUGAGCCAGCGGGUCCUUGGCAUUGCUGUGGAGUACCUGUUGGCCCAGUCCAAUAGAGGCGACCUGCUGGUUCCACAGCAGCUGCCAGAGAUCCCCACAGAGGAGCUCGAGGACGACGGGGGUGAACCUGACGUCACGGUGUGCCAGGUAGCUGACCUUAGGGUAGGUGAUCCUGAUCCUCCAAUAUGUGCCGUGGAGGCCCAGGUGACACUGGAGGGUGACAGUGGACCCAGAUCCCUGGAUGAGGACAUCAUUGUGGAGGAAGACGACACACAAGACAGCACAUCAGACCAGAAUAGCCGAUGUGAUUCCAGAGGUGUCUUGGGCUGGGAUGCGGUUGAUGACCUGGCAGCCUACCUGGUUGGCCUGAACCGAACCAUCACUGCCUUGUCAUCAAAAGAGGAGGCUGACAUAGUCCAUCUUUACAUGGCUCUCCCUGCUAUGGACAAGGAACCUUUGAGGUUCGGCCAGAAAGCGAGGAAGAAGACCGUGGCAGGACCUUGGAGAGCGCCCAGGAAGCCGAGUGGCUCUGCUCCUGGACAGCAGGCGGCAGAGAGACUGUUCAUGACUCACGGGCAGGCAGCCCAGGACCCCGAAGUCCACAGGGUCAGCGAAUGUGUUUGCCUGAGACUUUUAAAAGAGUUUCAGCAAGCACCAAACAGGCCCAAGGACACAAGGAGUAGAACUCUGCCCAUCCCACAGUCCAUUGUGGUGGCCUACAGCCAUCUUAAACAGCUGCUGGAGGACAGCAGGGUUGUUCUGGAGAAGACCAACGUGGUUCUGAUACCAGUAAACAACACAACAAUAUCUUCUUGGCUGCUUAGGAGGGAUAAGAGGAAGGACAGGGACAUGCUGCUGCAGGGCACCAUACUCCCCAAACGGUUUGAACUGGCCAAGGACUCACUCCCUGAAGCCCAGACUCUUCCGGCUGCUCCUGUGCAGCAUGGGCAUGAGGCUAUGGUGUUUGAGGAGCCAGAGAACCGGGAGGGUGAGGCAGUGAUACGCCCUCGGCACAGUGUUCGUUCUGCCUUGGCACAGCACUACCAGCCUGGGUCAUACCCACCUCCCCCCUUCCAGCCACCUGCUGACCAUCCACUGUACCUGGCCCCUCCACCACCUGGCACCUCUGUUCAGCCAAGGCAACGUACGUGGAGACAGAAAAAAGCUGCCCAGGAGAACGAGGAGCUGAUGGCUAGGGGUGAACCUCCACGCAAGAAGUUCAGGGAUACCUACCAGUACAUUUGCAAGCAGUGUGGGCAGGGGAAAAACAAAAGUACGGGUCACACCCAGCUGAAGGGGCGGUGGUACUGUCCAGCCUCAGGACUCACCCUGGCAGAGUGGAAGGACCAGUUGACCAGUCUUGCCAGUGGGAAAUAA